GAAAACACUAUGGAGCCAUUCUGCACGGUCCCACAGCGCUGGCCAUGACAGAGCUGUGCCGCACGGAGUCGGCGCUGACCGCGCUGGAUGAGGAGCAGCUGUGGGAGAUGCUGGACAGUCAUCGGUGCAGGAUCCUGUGCAGCGUGUGCCCCAGCCGCCUCACCCCCUACCUGCGCCAGGCCAGGGUGCUGGGCCAGCUGGACGAGGAGGAGGUGCUGCACUGCCCCCGGCUCACUAACACCGCCAUGCGGGCCGGGCACUUGCUGGACUUGCUGAAGACGCGUGGGAAGAACGGGGCCAUUGCCUUCUUGGAAAGCCUCAAGUUCCACAACCCUGACGUCUACACGCUGGUCACCGGGCUGCAGCCCGCCGUGGACUUCAGCAACUUCAGUGGGCUCAUCGAGACGUCCAAGCUGACCGAGUGCCUAGCCGGGGCCAUCGGCAGCCUGCAGGAGGAGCUGAGCCAGGAGCAGCGGCAGAAGGCAGCGCUGCAGGAGCAGUGCCGGCGGCUGCAGGAGAGCCUGGGGCUGGCUGAGGCCCGCACGGAGAGCCUGCAGGCGCUGGAGGCUGACCACGACCGCAUGAAGCACGAGGUCAGCGCCCACUUCCACGAGGUGCUGAAGCUGAAGGACGAGCUGCUCAGCCUCUCCCUGCGCUACAGCAACGCCCUGCAGGAGAAGGAGCUGGCCACCACACGCUGCCGCGGCCUGCAGGAGGAGCUGUAUCUGAUGAAGCAGGAGCUGCACCGAGCCCAGGUGGCCUCCUCCUGCGAGCGGGAAUUUCGAGAGCAGUCCCUGACGAUAGCCAGCAGCCUGGAGUCAGAAGACGAGGAGCUGACCCGCCUGAAGGAGGAGAACGAGAAGCUCAGGUCCCUGACAUUCAGUACGGUGGAGAAGGAUAUUCUGGAGCAGAGCCUGGAUGAGGCCCGGGAGAGCAAGCAGGAGCUGGUGGAUCGAAUCCACUCGCUGAGGGCUCGGGCUGCGGCUGCCGAGAGACAGCGCAAGCAGUUCUGGGAGGAGAAGGAGAAGACGCUGCUUCAGUUCCAGAAAACCCGGGUGGACUGCGAGAUCUACAAGGAGAAGGUGAACGCCCUGCAGGGCCAGGUGGUCGAGCUGCAGAAGGAGCGAGACCAGGCAUACGCAGCGAGAGACGGGGCGCACGCGGAGAUCUCCCAGCAGCUGACUGAGAAGGACUCGCUCCGCAGAAAACUGUUUGCGCUGACGGAGGAAGUCUGCGAGCUGCGCAAACAGCUCCGCAAGCUGCAGACCGACUCGCAGAGCGGGGCCAAGCUGGAGGCUGUGCCCCGGGAGCCCUGUGCGCGGGGCAAGCAGCGGCUGGUCCGGAUGUAUGCCAUCCACCAGUGGGAGGACAGUGACCACGGACCCCUCAGCUCCACGGAGUCUCAGCUCUCAUCCGACCUGAGCGCCAUGUCCAGCUUCCGCUCCAGCAGCCCUGUGCCACCCAGCCAACGGUCCCUGUACAAGCGGGCCACAGAAGACCUCCGUGAGGACCCCUGGUCUUUAAGCUUCCCAGACAUCCUGGAGGCCGAGCUGGGAGCCUCGCCAGGGGACAAGGAGGAAGACGUGGACCUGGACUAUGAGAUCGUGGACAAGGCAGGCCUUCCUGAGGCAGAAGACGGCUCCAAGCCCUUCUCUGGCGGCCUCUACGUCUCAGACAGCAGCGUGCCCAUGCGGCGGCGGCCAGCCCGAAGGAUCCUGAGCCAGAUCACAGUGCUGGCCUUCCAGGGGGACGCGCUGCUGGAGCAGAUCAGCGUCAUCGGAGGGAACCGAACCGGCAUCUUCAUCCACCAGGUCACGCCCAGCUCGGCGGCCGAUGAGAUGGCGCUGCGCCCAGGCACCCAGAUUGUGAUGGUUGAUUAUGUCACGGUGGAGCCCCCAUUCAAGGCUGUGCUGGAAGACACGACCCUGGAGCAGGCUGUCGGACUCCUCAGGCGGGUGGACGGCUUCUGCCGCCUGUCUGUGAAGGUCAACAUGGAGGGGUACAAGAAGCUGGUCCAAGACCUGGAGGCCAAGGUGGCCACUUCGGGGGACUCGUUCUACAUCCGGGUCAACCUGGCCAUGGAGGGCCGGGAGGAGGGGGAGCUGCAGGUGCACUGCAACGAGGUCUUGCACAUCACCGACACCCUGUUCCAGGGCCACGGCCGCUGGCACGCCCACCGCGUCAGCCCCUACACCAUAAAGGACACCACCCAUGGUGCCAUCCCCAACUACUCACGGGCCCAGCAGCUGCUUAUCGCCACCAUCCAGGACAUGACACGGCACAGCACAGCUGCCCGCAAGCAGUCAUCUGGGGGUCCCCAGAAGCUGGUCCGAAUUGUCAGCAUGGACAAAGCCAAGGCCAGCCCUCUGUGCUCGUCCUUUGAUGGGGGCCAGUCAGACCCUGGCAAGUUGGAAGACUCAUCCAAUGUGUCUUUCUGGGCUGAGAGCUGCUUCACCCUGGUGCCCUACACCCUGGUGCGCCCCCACAGGCCCACCCAGCCCCGGCCCGUGAUGGUCGUGCCCAGGGUGGUCGGGAAGAUCCUGAUCGAGAAGCUGUGCCUCCUCAGAGGGUUUGAGAAAUGCCCAGCAGAAUACUUGAGCCAGGAAGAGUACAACACCCGGAGCCAGAGAGGGGACAUCAUCCAGGAGCCAGAGGGGUCCGGCAGCUGCUGCUGGGUGACCCGUCAGGCUGUGGAGUCUCUGAUGGAGAAGGGCACGCACGGCCUCCUGGACUUGGGGCUGGCCAGUGUCCGCGCCCUGCACAGCAGGGAGAUUUUCCCCAUCAUCCUCCACAUCUCCACCAACGAGAAGACAGCCAAGAGGCUCAGGAAGGCCCUGCAGCGGCUCGGCACAUCAGAGGAGCAGCUGCUGGAGGCGGCCAGGCAGGAGGAGGGGGACCUGGACAAGGCACCCUGUCUGUACAGCAGCCUGGCCCCCGACGGCUGGAGCGACCUGGACACCUUGCUCAGCGGUGCCCGAGUGGCCAUUGCGGACGAGCAGAAGAAGAUCGUGUGGACAGAGCAGAGCCCCCGCUGAUGCCCGUGGAGGGGCAGGGGGGCCUC